CUCUGCAGCAAUUCCAGAGAUCCGUCAAUCAUGCAAUGCAUUUUAAUACGUCAGAUUUUGUUUGCGCAGGCACCCAUCCCUGUUCAGAUCCCCAUGGGUGAUUUUACGAAAUUUACCGAGCGGCCAGCUUCUUAUCCUACAAGAAGCGAGGAAGGCCACGGAAGCCAGCGCACAGAAAACCCUGGCAUGAGAACGCCCAUGCGACGAAAUGACGUGAAUGAAGAGGAGACUCUAGCUGGGCGCGAAAAUUUUCGUUGUAUGUUUUUUCACUGGCCGGCGCGUGAUGUUUCAACGGAUCGGUUUAGGAUGGACUCGGCAUUGAUGAUGAUUUGAAAAGAUUCGCCAACAGGCCAUACAUAUGUCGUAGAUGGAUUCUGCGAAGGGAGAAGUUGCCCAUCUGCCCAUAUGGUUGCUUUUUUUUUUCCCGCUGUUUAUGAUUGAUGCUUGCGCGGAUGAUUUCUCCGCUAUCGAAACUGAAACUGCAAGCGCCAACGCUCAAAAUCUCAUUUCUCGCCAAUCCUGCUGGCGGGUUAGUCAGGCUGCAGGGUCCACCGCGCCAA